UAUUAUUUUUUUUAUUUUGUGGAAUUUUCUUUUUGGUGUACAAAAUGACACUGGAGAAAGUGAUACAGGGAAAAACAUCAAUCAGACUUCAGAUCGGCCUUUGCCGUGAACUUUAUCACCUUCACCCAAGUGAGGCCAGCUACAUCAAUGUGAAAAAAAUAGCUGUGGAUCUUGUAGAAAAGAAGUAUCCAGAAUAUGGAUUCCUGGGUGUUUCUGAAAAGAUCCAACUCUUUCGGCACAAUCUUAACUCAGAAAAUGUCCUUGAGUGUCUUCUACCCAGCAACUCCAUUUCUGAAGGGGACCUAAUUGAAGUUGUUCUGCCUGCUUCUGUAUCCCUUGACUUCUCUAUCCGUCCUCACAUCCUCUUAGUCCACUCUUAUAAAUCUCCAGCCUUUUGUGACUACUGUGGUGAAAUGUUGUUUGGCUUGGUGAGACAAGGCCUAAAAUGCCAAGGAUGUGGGCUUAAUUAUCACAAGCGCUGUGCCUUUAAGAUACCCAAUAAUUGCAGAGGUGUCAAAAGAAGUCACUUGUCCAGCCGCUCAUUUACUGGAGCAAGUUCUAUCACCAAGUCUAGAUCAGCAACUCUGCCAACUGGAGGAAGCCUGGAGGAUCUAGGGGGGUAUAACUCAGAACAGCAGGUUUACAAAAAGUCUCGCAUUCCUUCAGUUGGGGGCCGUCCAAUAUGGAAGGAUUGGCAGGAUAUGAAUCGAUUAAAGGUUCCCCACACCUUCCAAGUUCAUACCUAUACACGCCCUACCAUCUGUCAGUACUGUAGACGGUUGCUUAGAGGAUUAUUCAGACAGGGCAUGCAGUGCAAAGAUUGCAAAUUUAACUGUCACAGGCGGUGCGUGCCAGAUGUUCCCGAUGAAUGUCUUGGAGAAGUUUCAAGUAUUGAUGGAGAAGAUGGAGAAAUCUUCAACCAAGAAGCUGAAGAUGAGGUUGAAAAUGAUAGGCCAGUCAGUCUUAGUGGAAGUACACAAGAAGAAGAGAAUUCUGUUAAGAGUAGAGAUAGCACUGUUUGUCCAUGUGAAAACCCAAUGUUUGACAGUAACUUCAUUCCCCUUAUGAGAGUUGUACAGUCUGUGCGAUAUAACAAAAAGAAAAACAGCUGUGUAUUGAUGGAAGGUUGGUUGGUCCAUUUCACCAGCAAAGACAGUAUGAGGAAAAAGCAUUGCUGGCAACUGGACAGUAAAUGUAUCACAUUAUUCCAUAAUGAGGCUGGUGGCAAGUAUUACAAGGAAAUACCCCUGUCUGAUAUCCUGCACAUUGAGACAUUUGGUAGUAAGGGCAAUGGGCUCCCAAAAGAUAGCGAGAUCCCUCACUGCUUUGAGCUACUAACGGAUACUUUGGUCUAUUAUGUGGGAGAGCGACGUUCCACUCCACAGGGUGGACAUAAUAGAGCAGAUUCUGGAGACAUCUGGUACAGAAUGAUCCGACAAGCCCUGAUGCCAGGCAUGGAUGAAAGCAGCACUCCAAAGGAGUCAACUCAGUCAAAUAUUCCAGGAGCAUAUCUUGAACCACAUCAAAAUUUGGAUAUCAGUCACAUGUACCAGAUCUUCCCAGAUGAGGUUCUUGGUUCAGGGCAAUUUGGUAUUGUCCAUGGUGGAAAGCAUCGGAAAAGUGGGAGAGAUGUUGCAAUAAAAAUUAUUGACAAACUCAGAUUUCCCAGUAGACAAGAAAAUCAACUCAGAAAUGAGGUAGCCAUAUUACAGAACUUGCGUUUCCAUGGGGUUGUUGACCUUGAAGCUAUGUGUGAGAGUCCAGAGCGCAUCUAUGUGGUUAUGGAGAAGCUGCAUGGGGACAUGUUGGAAAUGAUCUUAUCAAGUGACAAGGGGAGACUUCCUGAAAGAAUCACCAGGUUUCUUGUCACACAGAUAUUAAUGGCCUUGAGGCACCUUCACUCAAAGAAUAUUGUUCACUGUGACCUAAAGCCAGAAAAUGUCCUUUUGGCUACAGAGGAUCCAUUUCCACAAGUAAAACUUUGUGAUUUUGGAUUUGCUCGCAUCAUUGGGGAAAAGUCUUUCCGGAGGUCAGUGGUUGGGACCCCAGCUUAUUUGGCACCAGAGGUCUUAAGAAACAGUGGCUAUAAUAGAUCCCUUGAUAUGUGGUCAGUUGGUGUAAUCAUCUAUGUCAGCCUUAGUGGAACAUUUCCCUUUAAUGAAGAUGAAGAUAUAAAUGAUCAAAUCAGAAAUGCAGCUUUUAUGUUUCCAAAGAACCCCUGGAAUGAAAUUUCAAAUGAUGCAAUUACUCUUAUAAGCAGUUUGUUACAAGUGCAAAUCAGAAGAAGAUUCAGUGUGGACAAGGCUCUUAGUCAACCAUGGAUGCAGGACUUUCAGACUUGGUUGGACCUCCGUGAAUUAGAAACCAGAGUUGGUGAAAGAUACAUUACCCAUGAGAGUGAUGACGCCCGUUGGCAGAGAUUUGCUGAAGAAUGUGGCAUUGAAUACCCCCAGCACUUUGUCAUGGGACCCCAGUAUGAUGAAACCGAGGAAGAAGAUGAAGAGUAACUUUUUCUUGUAGCCAUAUGGCUGAUCACAGCUAUUUGGUUAAACCAAAGACAUAAUGCUGUAGGCCAAUGUUAAGAUACUACAUGGUCUUUUUUAGGCUCAAGCCCACUGCCCAAAUAAUAUACAUGAGCCAUAAAGAAAAGAGCCUGCAAUAUUUAUGCACUAACCGAAACGUAUGUGUGAAAAUCUCUAUUUUUUUAAAUGUUUAAAUAGUUUAAAAUAGGGGUUGAACUGAAAGUCCAAAAGCUCAGGAGCCACCGAUAUAAUUGACUUGUUUGUGUAUAGAUGCUUCUUAUGUUGUGCCCCUUUAGGCUUAGUCUUAGUGCUGAGUCUUAGUACUGAAAAUAAUG